CAGAACCUGCAGGACCUGAUCAGACCAGGAGCUUCAAAAUGGCUGCAGAGUCUCACUUCACUGCAGCUCAGGAGGGAAUUAAAGCCAGCUGUUCAGGAUGUGGACCAGGAUACCGCAGCCCACUGGACGCCAUGAAAGGUCGUCGGGAGGAGAUCGUCUACCUGCCCUGUAUUUACCGCAACACUGAAAUCCUAAAACCCGACUACCUCGCCACCGUCGACGUCGACCCGAAGUCCUCCACCUACUGUCAGGUCAUCCACCGGCUGCCGAUGCCGAACCUUCGUGACGAGCUGCAUCACUCCGGCUGGAACGCCUGCAGCAGCUGCUUCGGCGACACCACCAAGAAAAGAAACCGUCUGAUUCUCCCGUCGCUCAUCUCCUCCAGAGUCUACGUGGUCGAUGUCGGGACCGAUCCCAGAGCGCCACAGAUGCACAAGAUAGUGGAACCUGUCGAUCUGUACUGGAAGUGCGGCCUGGCGAAUCCUCACACCACCCACUGUCUGGGCAACGGUCAGAUCAUGAUCAGCUGUAUCGGAGACCCGUCCGGCAACGGCAAAGGUGGUUUUGUCCUGCUGGACGGUGAGACGUUCGAGGUGGUCGGUAACUGGGAAAACCCGGGUGAUGCAGUGCCCUUUGGAUACGACUUCUGGUACCAACCUCGACACAACGUGAUGAUCAGCACUGAAUGGGGCGCACCCAAAGCUCUGGCUGACGGUUUUAAUCCCGCCCACGUCAAAGAUGGACUCUACGGUAGCUCCAUCCACGUUUGGGACUGGACCACCCACAAGAAGCUGCAGACACUCGAUCUGGGUGAGGAGGGUGCUAUUCCCCUCGAGGUCCGGUUCCUCCAUGACCCCGAUGCCACCGAGGGCUACGUGGGAUGUGCUCUGCAGUCUAUAGUCUUCAGAUUCUACAAAACACCAAAGGGAGACUGGGCUGCAGAGAAGGUGAUCAGUGUUCCCAGUAAGAAGGUAGAGGGAUGGGCGCUACCUGAGAUGCCUGGUCUGAUCACAGACAUCCUGAUCUCGUUGGAUGACCGUUAUCUCUACUUCAGUAAUUGGCUCCACGGUGACAUCAGACAGUAUGACAUCACAGACAGGAAGAACCCACGAUUGGUCGGCCAGGUGUUUCUGGGAGGAAGUAUUGUUAGUGACGGUCCAGUCAGAGUCCUGGAAGACCCGGAGAACCAGCCACAGCCCCCCCCACGCAUCAUCCAGGGGAGGCGUGUCCAUGGAGCUCCUCAGAUGUUACAGUUGAGUUUAGACGGUCGGAGACUUUAUGUGACGACGUCUCUGUACAGCGGCUGGGACAAACAGUUCUACCCCAACAUGAACAAAGAGGGGUCCGUGAUGAUGCAGGUUGAUGUGGACUCUGUUCGUGGAGGUCUCUCCCUUAAUGAAAACUUCCUGGUGGAUUUCGGGAAAGAACCCGACGGUCCGGCUCUCGCUCACGAGCUCCGAUAUCCUGGAGGCGACUGUACGUCUGACAUCUGGCUCUAGAAACACAUCAACUUGAAUGUAGUUCAAGAGAAAUCUUUCCUCUGAGCAGCAUGACGCUUCAUAACUGUUCUUAAUCAAUAAAUGAAUUCAUCAAUCACCUCUAAAGAAUUGACUCAUUAACAUCAAAUCAAAAUGAUGAAAAUAAAACAAGAAAAACAAGAAAAUAUAUAAAAGACAAUAAGAAACUGAGGAGCUCAGAUCUUCUUCAGGUUUAUUUACAAAACAUAAAGAAACUCAAGACAUAAAUAUGAUUUAAAAUAGUAAAAUUAAUAGUAAAGUAGUUAAAAUAGAAUAAAGAUAAAAAGUACAGUAAAGUAUACAUAAAAGAAAAUUACAAUUUUAGAAUUUCAUCUGAAUCGUUUAACAAAACAACUGAGAAAAAGUGAUUGAUGAUUUAAUUAUUAUAUUAUAUAAUUUAGUGUCAUAUUAUCAUUAAUCAUUUAGUGUCAUAUUAUCAUUAAUCAUUUAGUGUCAUAUUAUUAAUGUUGUGGCUGGCUGCUGUGUGUUAAUCAGAUUGUUACUUUAAAUAAUUCAAUAAUAAGGUAAUGGCGUGUUUUUUCCUAGAAACAAUCUGUCUUUUAAACAUCAUAUCAAGUGUUGAGGGUGAAGUUAGGUUUCUUUUCUUUUGCUGCAAGGGAAAGGGUAAUCCAAGUGACGUUUCUAUCAGCUAUUGAUUAUUGUGAUAUUUGAUAUCUGCAUGCAAAUUCAUAUUUGAAUCUGGUCGAUUCAGUAGAUCAUGCUGUGUGUUUAUUUCUUCUAUGCUGCCAUCUUGGCCAGCGCUCCCUUGAAAAAGAGGUUUUGAAUCUCAAUGGGAAAUAUCCCUGGGAAAAUAAAGGUUAAAUGAGAAUAAAUAAAGUUUCCUGUGAGUGUAACAAAGGAACCAAUCAGCUGUCAGCCUGACACUCAGGAUGUCUUCUGUUGACCUCUGACCUCAGUCAGCUGUCUGCCCCCUACAGCACCCUUUGCUGCUAGCUCUGUUAACACAUGCUGUUUAAAUAAAGUUCUGGUUGAAGGGUCA